AUGAGUGCACCGGAUUCUUCCCAUACUGGGACUCGCAAAAUCACCACCAAGAUGCUCCUUCUCACAAUCUGCGUCUCGGGCGCUGCAUGGAUCGCCGAGUUUGACAACGGCUACACUGGUAUCGUCCUAGUCAUGCCUGCAUACCAAAAAGCGUUUGGUCACUGCAAGCAAGUCCCCGACCCGACCGGAGGAACGAUGGAGCAAUGUACCCUGACCACAUUAAGACAAUCCCUCAUCAGCGUGAGUAUAUUAUUUAUGGCAGUCGGAUGCGCACUAGCUGGCUUCUUUGGCUCGGUCCUCGGUCGCAGAGCAACCAUUCAAAUCGCCUGUCUUUUCUGCAUCAUUGGUGCCGCCGGCAUGCUGGGCACGUCGGGCAAUUUCCUGAAUUAUAUGGUUUGUAAAUGCAUCAAUGGAGUCGGGAUCGGUCAGCUUUUAGCUUCGAGUAUUGUUUACGGCUCCGAGUGCGUUGUUGCAAGUAAACGGGGCCUGUUACUCGGCAUCUACAACAUUGGUCUUGCGAUGGGCAAUGUGACUGCGGCAGCUGUAUGUACUGGAUCCGCGACCCUAUCGCCGCAUAAUGACUGGCAAUGGAAGACACCGAUCAUCUGUCAGAUCCCACUGGGUAUCUGUCUUGCUCUCGGCGUGAUGCUGUUCCCGGAAUCACCUCGGUGGUUGUUACUGAAAGGGAAAGAUGAGCAAGCGCGGAAGUCUUUUGCUAUUUUCCAGAAUCUGGAUCCAGAUUCAGAUGUCAUCAAGGACCAGGUGGACGAUGUGCAAAAAUAUCUUGAUUUUGAACGGACGCUUGACGCCAGUACAUCCUGGACGGAGAUCUACCGUGGAGUUAACCUGCGACGAACCGCCGUUUCCGCGCUCAUUCUCAUCGGACUCGCUAUCUCAGGCGUCCAAUUCGUGGGACCAUAUGCAGCGCUUUUUCUUAAUGGCCUGGGAAUAAAAAAUCCGUAUCUGAUCAACACCAUCGUUGGACUAUGCAUUUUCGGUGGUGCCUUCAUCGGCCCUUUAGUGCUGGAUUACGGCGGAAGACGAUUCGCCAUGCUUUACGGAUAUGCAGCCAUGGCUGCCUGCAUGCUCAUCCUGUCCGCCGUAAGUACAGCACUGGGACAGCAUAGUCCAGUGGCUCAGACCGUUGUGGUUGUCUUUCUCUGUAUCUGGGCAUUCGUCUUUGGCGGAUUCAUUGGUCCCAGCGUCUGGCUUGCUUCGGCUGAGAUGCACAGCGUUCGGAUGCGUACGUACGGCCAAGCACAUACCACGUUCCUAUACGAGAUCUUCAGCUUUGGAGCGACAUUCUGGACGCCGUACAUGUUGAAUGUCAAAUAUGGCAAUAUGGGAUCUGACGUUGGUUAUUUCUACUUUGGCGUUACAGUCGCAGUCUUGAUUUUGGUGUUUUUGUUUGUGCCAGAGACUUCAAGAUUGACCCUUGAACAAAUCGAUGAUUGUUUCUUAUCUGGGAAGAGAGCGUGGAAGACCUCGACAAAAAGGAAUAUAGCUAUCUCUCGAGGUGAAUUGGUCGAGACCGUGAAGUCUGAGCAUGAUGCACUUCAACUUGAGAUCUUCCAAUCACAAAGUGCAUCUCCAAGCCAAUAG